AGAGAGAAUGUAUGUGAGAGAAGGUUGGAUGCAGGGAGAGAGAAUUGCAAGGGACAAGGAGAAGGAGAGUUUGUGAGAGGGAGGUAGAUUAUUGGGGGACAAGAGGAAAUAAGAAAGUGUGUGUUUGUGAGAGCGAGAGAGCGAGAGGGGUAGGAUGAGAGGGAGAGAGAGGGAUAGAAAGUCAGAAUAGAGAGUAACAAGAGCAGCUAGAGUGAGUGAGUGAGUGGAAAAUUGGGGUAAAGGGAGAGGGGGUAAAGUGAAUGAGUGAGAUCCACCUACCAGCUGUAGAGAGAGAGAAAGAGAAAGAGAGAGCAGGACUGUUUGAAUGAGCCACAUUGGAGAGGGAGAGUAUGUGAGUGUGUGUGCGAGGGAGAGAUGGAGACAGUGCUAUAGAGGGGGUAGGGCAGGUGAAAUGGUGUGUGCAUGUGUGUGAGAGAGAGGUUGUCAGAUCCCCCUCGAAGUAGAGGCUGCUGCUCAUUGCAGUUGCUCUGGGUCCCAUUAAUACUCAUUUAUAGAGUGGGAAGAGCUGAAAAUGUCAUUUUGAAUGGAGGGAAAAACAUUUGCUCUUUUUUUACCUUUCCUUAUUUGUCCUUCUGGAUCUUUACUCAUCUCCACUGGUCCUCCUUGCUCUCUUUGUGGGUGUAUAAAGGAGGUCACUGCGGAUACAAAGAAACAGAACACAGUCCAGUAAAAGCAUGUUUUUGGGGGUGAAGACAAUGUCGCACGGGACAGCCAUGUCACGUUGCCACGACAGCAAUGUCACCUGGCCCUCUCUGCAGUGACCCUGCACAGCGAAGGAUGCUGGGGAAUAGCAAACACUAUUAUCCCGGGGAGGACGACAAGUAUGGGGAGGAUGAGGAGGAGGAAGAGGAGCAGGGACGAGAGAACAGAAAGGGGGAGAGUAGGGAGAAGGAGAAUGGAGGGAUAGAAGGGCUCGAGGAGAUGGAGAUAAAGGGAGGCAGACAAUCACGCGAAGGUAAAUGGGAGGGAGGUAAACCCUCGGCCAUUGUGGUUGGAAGACAGAGAGGAGACCGGACACUGAGGCCAGCCAAUCCAAGAAAUAGAGGCAUCCCCUAUACAUCCAAUCAGGCUCCCCAAAAGCAGCAACACCAACUCAUCCCAGCCAAUCAGCAGCAGUAUCACCCGGCCCCGUCCACUCAGACCCAGAAGAGACGCGCUCACAUGGAGCGGAGUAUGACCACAGUGGCGCCCAUAGAGGACACUCACCUGACCAUGAUGGUGUUCCGCAUUGGAAUCCCUGACAUCAAACAGACAAGGUGUCUGCAGUUUGACCCUGACUUCACGGUGUGGAGUGCCAAGCAGCAGGUCGUCUGUUCGCUGAGCGAGCCACUGUGGGACAUCUACAACUAUGGCCUCUUCCAGCCCGCCGGAGAGGGACGAGACGCCAUGUUCCUGGAGGAGGAGCGCUGCCUCCGAGACUACCCACAGUCCUUUGAGAAAGGGGUGCCUUACCUGGAGUUUAGGUACAAGACCAGGGUAUACAAACAAACCAACCUGGAUGAAAAACUACUUACUAAACUGCACACCAAGGCGAGUCUGAAAAAGUUCAUGGACUACAUUGUGAGUGGAUCAUUAGAUAAGAUAUCAAAGGUCCUGGACAAAGGUCUCGACCCAAACUACCAUGACCCUGACAAUGGAGAGUCUCCCCUGUCUGUGGCGGUGCAAUCUGGUAUGACAGUGGAGGGGAUCAGGGCGCUCGUUCAAGGUGGGGCCCAUGUCGACUUCAGAACCAGAGAUGGACUGACAGCUGUACACAAGGCUGUCAAAGCACACAAUCAUGUUGCGCUGCUGGCUCUACUGUCCCUGGGAGCGUCUCCUGAUUACAAAGACAGAUGUUGCCUGACCCCGCUGUACCACUCAGUGCUGAUAGGUGGCGACACCUCCUGCUGCGAGACCCUACUCUACUACAGGGCCAGACUGGGAGUGAGAGAUGAAAACGGCUGGGAGGAGUCUCACCAGCUCAGGGAUGAAGAGGAAUUUGGAAUGCAAGAAAUACACAAGGCCUGCCAGAAUGGUUUUGCCCAGCACCUGGAGCACCUUCUGUUCUAUGGGGCAGAUACCACUUCUCAGAAUGCCUCAGGGAAUACUGCACUUCACAUUUGUGCUCUGUAUAAUAAGGAAAGCUGUGUUCGUGUUCUGCUCUACAGAGGUGCCAAUAAGGAAAUGAAGAACAAGCAUGGACAAACCCCCUUUCAGGUAGCAGUAAUGUCAGGCCAUUUUGAAAUCGGGGAAAUCAUCAAAAACCACAGAGAUGCAGAUGUAGUGCCCUUUCUGGAAUUCCCAAAGUAUGCUCCCAAAAGAGGAGAGAGUGCACGCGCAAUCCCUCUGCUCAUGGCUCACCCUCACCCCCACCCCCUUCUGCGUGCUAACAGUGAUAACAGCAUGACCCUGCCUGAUACCAUGGCCCUGCCCAACAAGGCUGCUAGAUCCAAUCCCAUCCCUGGACAGGGUCGCAGGGCCUCUGUAGGUGUGAGGAGCUCCAGCAGUCCCAGGGCCCGUACCCGCUCCCCAUCACGAGGAAGAGGAGGAGGAGGAGGACAGAGUGACACAGAGGAGAGGCAUCACAGCAAACCACAGCGCGGCAGACAGGGUGCGACCUCAACAACGGGUGGUGGUGCAGGGUCAGCUGGGGGUCAGAUGAGGCGUAUGUACAGUGCGGUUCCAGGGCGAGUGUACGUGGCCACGAGGGCCUACACUGCCCACGGAGACAAAGAGCUUAGCAUCAGCAAAGGAGACAAAGUCAAAGUGUUGAGUGUGGGAGAGGGGGGGUUUUGGGAGGGCACAGUGAAGGGUCGUACAGGCUGGUUCCCCUCAGACUAUGUGGAGGAGGUGGGUCCUCCCAUUAAGGACAAUCGAUCAGAGACGCGCAGUGAGAAAGCCAAGAGGAAGCUGUUUCGUAAUGUUACCGUGGGAGCAUAUGAUGGUGUGGAUGGCCCCAGUGACUACAUCAUUAAGGAGAAGACAGUGCUCCUGCAGAAGAAAGACAAUGAGGGCUUUGGCUUUGUGCUUCGGGGAGCCAAAGCCCAGACUCCUAUAGAGGAGUUCACUCCGACCCCAGCAUUCCCCGCGCUGCAGUACCUGGAGUCUGUGGAUGAGGGGGGUGUGGCCUGGAGGGCUGGUUUAAGGAUGGGGGACUUCCUUAUUGAGGUUAAUGGUCAGAAUGUAGUGAAGGUGGGCCACAGGCAGGUGGUCAACAUGAUCAGACAAGGUGGCAACGCUCUGAUGGUCAAGGUUGUCAUGGUGGCCCGCAACCCGGAGAUGGAGGAGACCAACCUCAGGAAGAAAGUCCCCCAGCAGGCUAAGAGGCUGACUCCUCCUGCCAUUGCCCUGCGCUCUAAAUCAAUGACAUCAGAGCUGGAAGACAUGGUGGAGAAAGCUGCCUCUCCAUGGAAAAAGAAAGCAGAGUACGAGUCCUCCCAGGUGCCUGAUAAGAAGAGGACAGUCUAUCAAAUGGCACUGAAUAAACUGGAUGAGAUCCUGGCGGCGGCUCAGCACACAAUCACAUCAGACGGACAGGGACAGCGGGGUCACGGAGGGAAGAGAGACCGAACCAAGAGCAUCGCCCCCAAUGAGCCAAGUCAUGACCAGUUGGUUGGUGUGAUGCCGCCUGGGUUUGGUUACAACCAGGGUCAAUAUCCCCCCGGCCAGCCUCAUGGAGUAAUGCUGAGGCAGAAAUCUAUUGGUGUGAUGGAGGAGGAGAAGCAGUACCUCCACAACCCGGCCAUGAAACUGGCCCGUAGUCUGUCAGAGGACAUCCCCCCUCCCCCCAACACAUCCGCCCCAGAACCCCCCUUAUCUGCUGACCCCCAUACUGUUUGGAGGGGGGAGCAGUCUGCCCCCCAACCUCCAUCCUCCCAGGCCCAGGCCCUCCUCACCCAGCAGCAGGCAGUCCACGCCACCCAGGCAGGCUGGGACAGGGGAGGCCCUGGCGGGGCCAAUCAACAGCACGGCAUGGCCCCGACCCUCCGAAGAGGAGGAGGACAAUACACAGGGGAGCCCCCAGAGGGGACGAAGAGAGGAGGGGGCAAAAUGGGGGUGUUGAGGAGGGGCUACAGUAGUGCUACUCCACCCACGAGUGCAGCUCCCAAAACUCAACAGCAGCCCCAGCAGCAGCAGCCCCAGCAGCAAGUGGCGACCCGGGAGAGGGGUGGAGGGGCAGGCAGGGGUGGGGGAGGCAGGAAGGGCGGGAGGGGCCCUCUAGUAAAGCAGACCACAGUGGAAGGUGGCCUCAGCAGGCACCACCGAGGGGGGCAAGGCCAGGGGGGUAAGCGCUCAGGAGCCAAAGAGAAGAGCUCCAUCCCCAUCCCCACCAUCAUCGUCAAGGCCCCCUCCACCAGCAGCGGCAGUGGCCGCAGCAGCCAGGGCAGCAGCGUAGAUGCCGAGCAUCCGCCUCCCGACAUAGGUGACCCUACCUCCGCAUCCGUAUCCGCCUCCCCCGACACCCCCACCACUCCCGGCCUGCCUUCCCCUGUGUCCCCCUUACCACCCCAGCCCCCUGUCUCUUCCGCCAUGCCCCCUUCGACUGUCGCCCCCCAGCUGCCCCCUAACAUGGAGAAUCUGGACUUCACUAACCAGUUCAGGGGGGCCUUCGUGGGGGCAGCGCGGCGGGACCGGGAACGUUUCCGUGACAUGAGGAGGAAGAGUGCUUCCUUCUUCCUCUCCUCCGAAGAGGACAUCCAAGGGGAGGCGGGGGGAGGUGGAGGGGUAUGGACCCAGCCCCUACAGGGGAUGGGGAUGGAUGUCCCCACCCCCCGCCUCCGCCCCUCCAAGUCCAUCGACGAGGGCAUGUUCUCUGGGGACAAUUACGUCCACUACGCCAGCAGCAUGCCCCCUGCCUUCGGGCUGCCUGAGUACCACUCCCCUGUGAUGGGCCAGGACGGCCAGCCCAAGUCCGCUCCCUCCAACUACGGCCCAGGUUCUCCAGCCACCACCUUCAUCCACCCUCUGACUGGGAAGGUCCUUGACCCCUCGUCCCCUCUGGGCCUGGCGCUGGCUGCACGGGAAAGGGCCCUCAAGGACGACCGGAGGACCCGGCGGGAGGAGCGGCACUUUGGCCGGCAGAUGUCCAGCGUGGGGGCAUUUCCUACCUCUCUCCCAUCCCCCACGCCGUCCCUGUUCCCCGCCACUACCUCCCCCGCCUCCCUGAGCCGUCCGCUGUCACCCAGGAUAUUACGCUUGGGAGGUGAAGGGGGAGGGGAGAGAGUGGAGAGGGACCAGGCGGCCGGAGCCAGAGAGGGCCUCAGAGUUCGCUUUUCAGAGGACAGAACCAACCAGUACCAGACCCAGUAUUAUCAACAGAGUCCUAGAGACAGGGAGCCACCUGGCCCGCCCAUGCAGCCGCCCGGCCCGCCGCCUCAGCCUGCACCCCGCAGACCCUCGUUCCUACAGAUGGAGAGCAGUGCAAACUCUAGCUACAUCCCCCAAUACCGCCUACCCGCAGCCCCAGCCCACCCACAUGAAGAUGAGGGAGAGGGAGGAGGAGGAGUGGGACUGGGGCUCAUGGUGCUUCCACCGCCCACCCCCUCUAUAGACAUAGAUGAUGAGUUUGUCUUUGUUGACCCCCUACCCCCUCCCUUGCAGUUUGCCAACGGCCAAGGCCAGAGAGAACUGCAGAGGGGAUACUCUCAACAGCAUCAACACUCAGCUCAACACGCCCCUCUCGCCUUGCCACCCCGCCACCCCCGCCACCCCCCCUCCCCUCCCCUAAAGUACCUCCACCAGAAGGCUUCGCCUCCAACGCCCCCUCCCUUCCCCCAAACUGGGGACUCUGCUGCCUCCAGCCUCACGUCCUACGACAGCGAGGUGGCCAACCUCACCCAGUCAGCUCUGUCUCCCUCUCUCACCUCGCCCCAAAUAUUCCCCCGUUCCUCCACCGCCACAGUCGCCUCCGUUUUACCCGCCCCCUCACUCCACAGACCCCAGCCCAUGUCCCAUGCACACCCCUUCUCCAGUGGCCCCAGCGUACCGGUUAACCCCGCUAAUACGGGGGCCCCUGUUCCCCCGAUGACCUUAGCACAGGACCGAGGCGCGGCCACCCUCACUACGACUGUGACCUACGCCACCACGAUGACCGUGACCGCCGCCGCCACCAGUACCACCGCCUCUGCGCCGUCUUCAGACUACAAUGUAGCUGGGACCGCCCCCAGAACCACCGUCAGUGCUGUUGACAAGGCAGGCGACCACCAACCCUCCAGGAUGAAGACUGGAGACUGGCAGACAGAGACAGUGGUGGACUCUGGGAUUGAGGAGCUGGACAGUAGCAGCGACCACCAUCUGGAAACGCUGGGAGUGAGCAGACUGAAGGGAGAGAGAGGAGGAGGAGGAGGAGGAGCGGAAGGGGAGAGAGUGGGCGGCGAGCACCCGGAUCCUUACUUGACUUACUCAGGUGGGCAAACGUUUGAAGUGCACCAUGCCAAACACACGGCCAACCCCCCUGUGUAUCCAAAGACGAUGCAGUACAAAGAGGGGGGCAUCAAGGACACAAGGGAAGCGUUGCGUCGACAGGCAAGCACCAAUCCGCCCUGCCAGAGCGUCCCACAACACCCCCAGAGACAGGCCAACCCAGAGGAGGAAGCCAGGAGAGGAGAGGGAGGAGCAGCGGACGAGAGGAAACAACGCAGACAGAGUCGACCCAAGAUGGAGGACAGCUUCGGUUCCACCUUGGCCGCCUGUCUUGAGCGGCCCAACACCCUGGAGCCAAGACCCUUGUCCUGGAGCGAGGGGGUCGACCCAGGGCAGGGCCUGGAGCGAGGCGGGGGUGGGAUGUCUGUGGAGGGGCGCAGGCUGCACUCACCCUUAUCGGGAGUAAAGGCCAGCAUCAUCAACGAGCUGAGCUCCAAACUGCAACAGAUGAGCAAUAAGAGCACCGAGGACUGGAGUCAGUCUGAGAUGCAAGGUCCGAGUCCCAUUAAUCCGAGGUCGCCCACAAUGCAAAGAUAUUCAGGGGAUUUCUCUGCCUCGUUUCAGAGCCCCCCCACAGGUCACUCCACUUCCCCCUUACCCACCUCCUCCCCGCAGCAUCGCCCGUCAAUCUUCACCCCCAAUCUCACUGCCACCCCGUCCGGCUCGCCAUCCCACCAGCCCUCACUCCAGCCUAACUGGAUCCACUCCCCCUCUCCCCAGAUGCCCACCUCCCCCUCUCACUCCUCCCACCCUCCUCUCUCCCCCACUUACUCCCCCUCACAAUCCCACCCUCCUCUCUCCCCCACGUACUCACCGUAUCCCACAUCCCCCAAACAUCGCACUAAGUACCGUGGAGCCAAGAUUUUUGACUUCCAGUGUACCCCUGGUCCAGAGCUGAGGUCAUCUAUGUCCCGCCGGCGUGCCCCCAGCCCCCUCAUCUACUCCACAAACUGCCCCAGCCCCGCCCCUCCCAGACCCUCCUCCCUCCCCAUCCUUCCCAGCACCCCUGUCUACAACACCCCCUUUGAGUUCCCCAUUCCCCUAACUCUCUCAUCCCCAGGUCACACCCUAGGAGACCCCUACAACCCCUCCACCUCUCCUCUCUUUCCCACAUCCCCACAACCUCCCAGCGCCUUCUUGGUCUCCCGCUCCCUCUCCCCCACCCAGUUACUCUCCGGCGCAUCCUCACCCUCCAUGCACCUGCCCCCCUCUCCAUCCUGCCUCAACUACCCCCACCUCACCCCUCCUCCACCAGCCAAGCCCUUCGCCAUCAAGCCCCUGUCCUACUGGACCAAGUGGGACGUGGCUGACUGGCUUUCCUACUUGAACCUGGGGGAGCACAGGGAACGUUUCCUGGAUAACGAGAUUGACGGCUCCCACUUGCCUUCCCUCACCAAGGACGACUUCCUGGACCUGGGGGUGACGCGCGUCGGCCACCGCAUGAACAUCGAGAGAGCGCUGAAGAAACUGACUGACAGGCUGUUCUCUCCCAUGCAUGACCCUAGCCCCUCCCCUGAGCCACAGGCAGAGAGUGAAAGAUGAGGUGACUCAGGGCUCAGAGAAAGACAGAGAAACACACAGACCGAGAUGAGUUCUAUAGAAGACCAUUGGACACAGACUGUGAGCUGGACAAAUGGCGUAAAGGAGCACGACGGAAAAGGCUUAAACACACCAGGAGAGAUUUGUUAUGAGUGGAGGACAAUUGUCUAUUUACACCCACUGUACAACUACUGAUAAAUAGGCUUUUAAUGAACACAUGGACACAGACAGACACACACACACACACACACACACACACACACACACACACACACACACACACACACACACACACAGACAUUUGACUGGUGAUUUUCACACUCCAUCUGCUGCCUGGCGGUUACAGUACUGGGAGAAAUGCUAAGAAGAAUCUUGAGAUUGUAAUGCUGCUACCCAUACAGAGAUGGUAAGCCCAUGGAUAUACUAAAGGUGGUGGUUGGGUACCUCUAAUAAACAAUACAGGCCCUAUUCUUAUCCUGAAAUUCAUGCGCAAACUCUGACGCGCAAUUAGAGCGUGGGAUUGGAAGCUGUUGUUGGAAUGUCUAAAAGUCCGAAUAUGGUCCUAAAAUGGAAAAGUACAUGACAUUUUAAGUUAAAGUAAACAGUUAAAAAAAAAAAGAAGUAAAAUAGUGGACUUUUUAUACUGAGGUCAGUUUAUGCCCUGAUUCCCUAGUGAUUUCCCAACAAGCUUUCUACUUAUUUUACUAACUCUGAGUAACAAUAUAGCUUACAUGUAAAAAUGGAUUCACAGAUCCAAAUCAUUAAUUUGUUUCGUACCAAGUGCUGAUUGCAAUCCUUCAUUUCAAACGGACCAGAGUAUUAUUGAUAGUUAAUCAUCUGGAUCUGUGUGUAACGACGAAUACUCAAAAAAUAUUCAAAACAUAGAGUCGUAAUAUGUCAUUUUUACUAUGAUAGUUAUUAUCUUUAGAAAGGCCGUCCGGAGUAUGUAGGAGAGGUACAGAGGAGUUGGUUGUUUUUUCCUGAGACAUGACUGUAUUGGAGUCCACAGCCAUGACUCAGGGUUAUGCUUAUGAACUCAUGUCAUUUUACACUACAAAAGCUGUUUGUCAUUCAUUCAUGAUGACGAUGUUUAUGACUGUACCAGGGAUGUGAGUGUCUUUUGUCCCAUGUCGACUUUCACACACACACACACACAGGUGCAGCGAUCAAACAAAAAAAAGGGCUUUUACUGCGCGUCUGUCAGUCUAUACGGUAUGUCUGGUUCCCUAAGGCCUUCUCCCUCUGUGAGUGUGUGUCUGUUUGUGUCAAUCUGUUUGUCAGCCUGCCUGGUUACUCAUGAUCCUUUCCCCACCCUCUGUCCCUCUCUCAUAUGCCUUCUCCACAACUCAACGCCAGUUUUCUAACGGUUCCCGAAAAUGUAGAGAUGUAUAUUUUGCACCAGUUGACAAUCCUAACUUUGCCCUAUUUCAUAAACUCCUCUCCAGGAUCUCAAGAGAAACCUUUUUCAGAUCCACACAUUUCAGAAGAACACGUUCAGACACACACAGAGACACACACACAGAGACA